AUGAGGUUUCCGUCCAAACGACCGCCACCGCCGAAGAAAAAAUUGGAAGAGAGCAAGGCGCAGAAAGAAUCACUCGAGGAGCAGCUUCAGAACGGGAGCUAUGAUUGUGUUAUCUGUUGCAUCAGGGUCAGGAACGCGCAACCAAUCUGGAACUGUCAAUUGUGUUUCCACAUCUUCCAUCUCCGGUGCGUGGCCGAAUGGGCUCAGACUUCGGUGUCGCGCGAGAAUCCCACGUGGCGCUGUCCCGCAUGCCAGGGGGAAUCGGCUGUCCUGCCUGCGAUCUAUCAGUGUUUCUGCGGAAAGCAGAGGAACCCACAGAGCGCUAAAUCCAGCCUGCCCCAUAGCUGUGGCCAGCUCUGCCUCAAGCCUCGUCCGUGUGCGCACAAGUGUAAUCGACCCUGUCAUCCUGGGAGGUGUCCUCCAUGUGAAGCUAUCGUAUCCCGGUCCUGUCACUGUGCCAAGACAAAAACGCAGAUCAAAUGUGAUAGCAAAAUGAGCUUCCAUUGCGAGCAGAAAUGCGGGCGACGGCUGCCGUGUAUGAAGCACUACUGCCAGGACCGCUGUCAUCCUGGACAAUGUUCUCCCUGCGAGGAAAUCAAGACCAUCGGCUGUGUAUGCGGGAGAUCGUCUCAGGAGGUGUCCUGUGAGGCUGAGGAUAGUUUUCGGUGCGAUAAACCCUGUGGGAAAACACUUGACUGCCGAAAUCAUGAGUGUUCCGCCGUUUGCCACAAGGGUCCUUGUGAGAAAUGUAAAUUGGCCCAAAUCAAGACCUGUCCGUGUGGAAAGAUGCGCCUCUCCGAUACCUGGAAGUGCUCGCAAGAAGUUCCUCUUUGCACGCAAGCUUGUGAGAAGACGCUCGAAUGCGGCCAUCGCUGCCUGGAAAAGUGCCACUUCGAUGAGUGUCCACCGUGCACGGUCCCGGCGCGAGGGAAACGCUGUCGAUGUGGGUAUAUCGUCGAUGAUGCUCAAUGCGGCCAGACGACUUUGAUAUGUAAGAGAAGAUGCAACAAAAAGAAAGUCUGUGGACGUCACAAAUGCCUAGAUGAGUGUUGCGACAAGGAAUUCCAUAUCUGUGAUCUCGUCUGCGGGAAAAUGCUCUCGUGUAAACUGCAUACGUGUCAAAUUCUCUGCCACAAAGGAUCCUGUCCAAAAUGUGAUAACGUCAGUUUCGACGAAUUGAGUUGUCAUUGUGGCGCGUCGGUUCUCUAUCCCCCGAUCCAAUGUAAUGCCCCUCCGCCGGAAUGCACUCAGCUCUGCAACAGAGAGCACAGCUGCGCACAUCCGGUGAGACAUCCGUGCCAUUCGGAUGCAUCCUGUCCGCCCUGCACAUCGCUGACUGAGAAGAGAUGUCAUGGUGGUCACGAAAUGCGUCGCAAUAUCCCGUGUCACCUUGAGAAUGUGUCCUGCGGUCGAGCUUGCGGCCUACCUCUGCCCUGCAAGAGGCAUACCUGCGAUAAAAUUUGUCAUUCCGGAGAAUGCCCGGAAAAGUGCGAACAGCCGUGCCAGGUGGCUAGAGAUUGCGGGCAUCCCUGUAAACUGCCAUGCCAUGACAUUUGCCCACCAAGCACUUGUUUCGCCAAUGUCAACCUGACCUGUCCUUGCGGCAGGAUCGUGGAGACUCGGAGCUGUCAUCAAUUCCAGCUAGCCGUGAACAAUCAGAUUCAGCAACGGAUCCGUCGCGGAGAAGAUGUUAAUCUUGCAACAGACCUCAUUCAGUUGUCCAAAGGCUUUUUGAAGUGUGUCGAGCAAUGCGCCAUCGAGAUCCGUAAUAAGAAAAUGGCUGAAGGUUUCAAGAUCGACCCAACUAAUACGUCUUUCACCUCGGGCUUGUACACCGACUUCGUCAAAGAUGAAGCUCGCAAGAACUGGCAGUUCGCGUCGAAGAUCGUGCAGAAGUUGAACGAUUUGGUGGACUUGGCGAAAACGUCGUCACAAGCGAGUCGUUCUUUCUCAUUCGAACCUAUGCCUCGGGAUCAGAGGCGGUUCAUUUAUGAGUUGCUAGAAGUCUACAGGUGCACAGGUCAGAGCUACGACCAGGAACCCAAGAGGAACAUCGUGGUGACGGCAUACAAGGAAAAAUCGAUAAUACCGACGCUCAGUUUGGGGAGCGCUAUCGGAUUCGCAAACCCGCUACCGCUGAGAAAACUUGUUUAGCAUGGAAGCAUCUGUGAUCACCUGUAUGUGGAACUUGACAAUCGCCUCGUAUCGGGGUCAAAACUGUUCCCAAAUCGAGGACAGCGUAUAUUAUUGAUUAUUAUUAUUAUUCUUAUUAUCAUAUCACGAGAGCAGGGAUUACUCUACCAUCGCCGGGCCUUCCUCGUCUGUGAGAUCCCGCUCUGCGGGGAAAAGACGCGAUAUUCCGCACUCGAGAGCGCGGAAAUUCCCGCGAGCUUACGUAAAAGCAUCUAUUCUAUUUAUACAUAAAAUAAAGAAUUUCCCGAGUGUAAAUUCAGCUAUGAGGGACUCGGGAAAACACGA